AGCCAUGCGGGGCCGGGGGCUGCUCUGCGGCAUCGCCCUCUCGCUGCUGCUGCGCCCUCCGCCGCGGCGCGCCGCAGGGGCUGCCGCCGGUCUGGAGCUGCCGCACCAGGUGGUGAUACCGCACUGGGAAACCCUGGGGAGCCCCAGCAGUGAGAAGCAUCCAUUCAGAGCUGAAGUCAGGAUAAAGGCAGAAGGACAAGACCUGAUUUUAGAUCUAGAGAAGAAUGGAAACCUCUUUGCACCAGGCUACACUGAGACUCAUUACAGCAGGACUGGAAGGCCCCAGACUGUGUCUCUGCCCCACACAGACCACUGCUUUUACCAUGGUGUUGUGAGGGGCAGGGAGCACUCCAGUGUCACGCUCAGCUCCUGCAAAGGGCUGCGAGGACUCAUUGUACUGAGCCACAAUUCCAGCUACGUCCUAGAGCCAGUCCACAACAGGCAGAACGAGCACUUGGUCUAUAGGCUGGAAGACCUGAAGUUGUGGAGAGGAGCCUGUGGCUACCAGGGCACUGAGGCCAUCGCUGGAGACUGGCUUAGGGGCUUCCCCCCUGAGGAGGCACCUGCUUAUCACAGGGUGAAGCGUGAGACUUUGCAGGGUACAAAAUAUGUGGAACUUCUGCUCGUAGCUGAUUAUGCAGAGUUUCAGAAGCAUCGCUUCAACAUUGAAGAAACACGGCUUAAAUUAGUGGAGGCGGCUAAUUAUGUAGAUAAGUUUUACAGAUCCCUGAAUAUCCGAAUUGCCUUGGUGGGGCUGGAGAUUUGGAGUCACAGGAAUAAAUGUGAUGUAACUGAGAAUCCCUACUCCACCCUGAGAUCUUUUCUGGCUUGGAGUAGCAAGGAGAGAGUGUACAGAAAGCAUGAUAAUGCCCAACUAAUUACGGGUGUUCCAUUCCAAGGUACCACGGUUGGGUUGGCUCCUGUGAUGGCCAUGUGCUCUGAUUUCCAGUCAGGAGGAGUAAACAUGGAUCACUCUGACAAUGCCAUUGGUGUUGCUGCUACCAUUGCCCAUGAGAUGGGACACAAUUUUGGCAUGAAUCAUGAUUCAGCUGGCUGCUGCACAACCAGUGCUGAGGAUGGAGGCUGCAUCAUGGCUUCUGCAACUGGGCACCCGUUCCCCAAGGUGUUCAACCAGUGCAAUAGAAAAGAGCUGGAGAAGUAUCUGCAGUCUGGUGGAGGGAUGUGUCUCUCCAACAUGCCGGAUACCAAAAAAAUAUAUGGUGGGAAGAAAUGUGGAAAUGGCUACUUGGAAGAGGGGGAGGAAUGUGACUGUGGAGAGGUGGAGGAGUGCAAUAACCCCUGCUGCAAUGCCAACAACUGCUCACUGAAGCUGGGCGCUGAGUGUGCCCAUGGCAGCUGCUGCCAGCAGUGUAAGCUGAUGUCUCCAGGAACUCUCUGCAGGGAAAGAUCAGGACUUUGUGACCUCCCGGAAUACUGCACUGGAGAGUCACCAUUUUGCCCGCCCAACUCAUACCAAAUUGAUGGGACUUCCUGUGAAGGAGAAAAGGCAUAUUGCUACAGUGGCAUGUGUCUCACUUAUAAAGACCAGUGUGUGCAGCUGUGGGGACCUGGAGCAAGGCCAGCACCGGACACCUGCUUUGAGAACGUUAAUGCUGCUGGAGACAUCUACGGGAACUGCGGGAAAGACAUCAAUGGCAACUACAGGAAGUGUGAUGUGAGAGAUGCUAAAUGUGGGAAGAUCCAGUGCCAGAGCUCUGCUUCCAAGCCACUGCAGUCCAAUGCAGUUGCCAUAGACACAACUAUCCAUAUGGAGAGGAUGCAGCUGAGGUGCCGUGGGACCCAUGUGUACAGAUCUGAGAGUGAAGAGAAGGAGAUGCUGGACCCUGGCUUGGUGUUGACAGGAACAAAAUGUGGGAGCCAUCAUGUUUGCUUUGAGGGACGCUGCCAGAAUACAUCCAUCAUCUUUGAAUCAGAAAGCUGUAACAAGAAGUGCCAUGGGCAUGGAGUUUGCAAUAACAACAAGAACUGCCACUGCAACCCAGGAUGGGCUCCCCCAUUUUGCAACAAGGAGGGGAUGGGAGGAAGCUUGGACAGUGGCCCCCCAGUAUCAGAAGGCUUUUCAGUGUUAGUGAUAACACUAGCAAUCCUGGCUCUCAUUCUCCUUCUCAUUGGAAUUACGUUUCUAUUUUACUGUCUGAAAUGCCGGAAUAAAUUUGUUAUCUGUUCUCUAAAGAAGACUCCACAGUUCAGCGAUACCUCUGGAAGCGGCCACGCAAACCCUGCCUUCAAGCUGAAAACCCCUCAGGAACAGAGGAAGGCUAUUGGUUUCCCUGAAAUCCCAUCAAAACCUCCUCCCCAGCAAGCUCCAGGUCUCCAAAUAAAUACACAGCAGCCACCUACUUUCUCCACUGGCUCCAGCUGUGGUGUUGGGAAACCCUCACGGCCGGUGCAUCAAGUCGUUGUGAAGGACAUCGCCAGAAGGACACCUCCAAGCAGGCCAGCACCUCCUGCUCCCAAACCUCCAGUCUCUCAGGAUAUUUCUAGGCCCCGGCCACCCCAAAGAGCUUUGCCAGCUAACCCCGUCCCAGCCAGACCCAGAACCCGGCCAGGGGAUGGCCCUGCAAUUCCCCUGCCCCCAGCUCAUGGGAGAAAACCAGGACAACUCUAUCCAGCAACAGAGAGUACAGGAGUCGGGAUGGCUGGAGCAGGGAGUGUCCUCAACGGGUGACACCACCAUCCUACGGACUCUUGUGAACCACAGUUUGGUUCCUUACUGGCCCAGGACUUCACAAGGGAUUGAAUGACCUUUGUCACCCGAACAAAUGUACAUGGCCCCAAACAGUUUCUGAACACCUCUCUUCUAGAUCUCUAUCCGACUUGAGAAGCUACAGUCAGGUUUGGCAAGGUUAUACCCAGGAACUGUACCGGUACAUGCCAAGCUGAGCUCAACCACUGUGCUCAUAGCUUUUUCUGUGUAGGGAUGACUUGUGUAUAUGAUAUUUAAAUAUUAUUGUGCAAUAUACAAUGCAGGGAUGGGGACGAUGGGGGCUUCAUGUGUUUUUAUCAGUUAUUUAAGUGUUUCCAGGAAGAAUGAGCUGAGAGUCCAGGUGCUAGCUUUGAUGGGUUUUUAUUUAAGAAACAGGCCUGUUUGCUUCCCUCGGCCCAUCCAAGCAGCUGCAGAAGCAUAUGUUGGUGCUAUACAGAAACCACUGCGUCUUGGGAGAGCAGAACACAGCCAUUGAUAAACUUCAGUUUAUUCUCUGUUUACAGUGGCUGGCAAGCUGGGCCAUGACAGAGAGCAAGCACACCAUGGAAAUAUUCCUGGUUGAAAUAACUGGCGCGUCACUAUGGAUUUUGGUUAGUUGUAAUAGAGCAGAUUAAGCGUUUCCCCAAUGUGACCAACUUCAGCAAGAUCUUCAGAACAUUUGUGUGCCCCCCGCCCCUGGCACUCAAGUGUCUCACCACGGUGCUGUAAGACCUAAGAGCGCUCCCAGCAUGGCCUGCAAGCGCUCAUCGGUGGCACUCGGACACAGAUACGGUACAAGAGAGAAACUCUGGAACCAGGAUACGGAGCAAAUGGCCAGAAGGAGGUUUAGCAAAGUGCUGAAACCUUCUCUCCACAGCAUGGUACUGCCGAUAAUCAGUAGACACUUUGCAUGUCUCUCUCUCUCUUUUUUUUUUUUUUUUUUUUUUUUUUUGCCUUCAGCUGGCUGUUGGCUCCCCAUAUUAUGAGAAACCUAAAUAAAUUUGCCCUAUUGGUAAAACAGCAAAAAUGUUAAUAUGACACAUGGUGCUUUUGUAGGACAGCUUAUUUCCUCCAGGCUUUUUUUUUCUAAUGGAGAGAGCUGUCCAUGUGCACUUUAAGCAGCUGAUGGUUCUAACCCUGAGGACCUACUGUUGUGAACCUUUUUUUCUUUUUUCUUAAUGGUUUGAGAUUUCAUACAUUUUGUUUUCUCUCAGGAUUUUAAAUGAAGACCUUUUGCUAAGUUGAAAUUAUUCUGUUUUCCUUGAAAGUAUUUCCUAGGAGAACACAGGGAGUUCUGGAGGAGAGGUUACACAACUGUCUUGUGUCUGUUCUAGCAUGGACAAAAAUCUUCCAUGUAAUUGCUGCUGAGCAAUCAGCUGAGAAAUCAUAAUACUGGCUUAAAGAAAAAAAUAUUUUUCUGGUGAGUUUGUUUCCCUAAGAUCUACUCCUUCAAAAAUGUCAGAUGAAUCUUGAGCACUCAGAUUAAAUUUUUAGUUGUAUUUAACAGUAAUUCUGUAGGAUGACUUAAACCAAAUGAGUUUUUGCAACACUACUACCUCUUUCUCCACAAGGAAACAGUACACACGGUGUAUCUUGAAUUUCCAAUUGAUUAUUCACAAACUUGAUCAUUCUGGACCUUUUAUUACCUUCUAUAGGCCUAGAAACCAAAUCGGCCUAAAUUAUUCCUUUCUGAAAUAAGGGAUGGCAAACAAAAGACAUCAACGUUUUAAACUUUAUUUAUCUUUUUCUAUAUUUGGGGUCACUAUCUUCAAAGACUCCUGCUGGUCUUGGUGCUUUGGUGCAAUGAUAAAACCAAAGGGUUUGUUCAAGUCCUCCUUGGUCAGCCAUUUUCCUGGCAAAAGGAUGUGAAGGGAAGCUGAUGAGAGGGAAAUUGUCCCUGCAUCCCCUUAACCUUGAGCAUUUUUCCCUCUGGUGCCACAGCAGCCCUCAUUACCAGCUUCUCAACAUUGAGAUUAGUCAGCAUCUGCCUGAGAUGCUAAGAACAGAUCCACCUCAACCUCAAACCACUAAAUUUGUCAUUCCUUUGGAGUCAGCUAAAGUGCCUGUGUAACAGCAUGUUUUGCCGCUCACAGGUAGAGGUCUAGUUUUCAUAUGUGCUGGCCUCAUAGAGCAGUUACCAUAAUAUAGAUUAAACCACUGUAACCUGAUCCUGUAUCUGAGCCCUCACUGACUUCUGAGGACAGCAACAUACUUCUGCUACAGCCCUUGAUUUUUAUCACAUGAACACCAAAAGCUGCUAAGAGCAUUUUCAUUGAACUUCAUGUGAACAUGGGCUCAGGUUUUUCAGAAAUGCUCCUAGAUACAUAAAGCUCAGAAAACUGGACCUGCCCAAACCCUAAUGGAAAACUUUAGUACUGGAAUAUCAUAAAGCCUCCAAAAGGUAGUUUUAGUAAAUCCUUUAAAAUUCUCAUAUGUGUGCAUGUUGGGUGAAUGAGAACAAAGGAACUAGGGGAAGAGUAAGAGGUGACAGAUGUGAUUUUUUUUUUAAAGAAGACUAUAUUAUUUGGGAGAACAUGUAUAAAAAUAUGUUUCACUUCCAUUACAUCCAUAUGUUACUGGUUUACAAUAAUGCUCUCUGUGCAUCUAUGCAAAUACUUGAAGAAUGCAAUUCAUUGUGCCUUCUGCCUACUUUUUAAUAAAUUUAUCACUUGUCAUUAACAAA